UUUUUUUUUAUAUUUGCAUUCCUAAAUGCAUCGGGCUCCAGGGAAAUAUGAAUUAAACAUUCGAAAGUCUUCAGCUGCAACUAGGGCAUCAGCAUCUGCUUCAGCGACGCACAGAGAUAUUACCUCAGUUGGGUCAUUCACAGGAGCCCGUAUGACAUCAAUACACCCAAUGAGCUAUAUGUCAACAUCUUUUAUACGUGAAGAGACAGAGCAGGACUUGAAGCUGUCGCGACAGUCGCGACGUGCAUUAUCCAUACUCUCUGAUGCAACCACGCGUGACAUCAAUACAGUAAUACCAUUAAGCAAAACCCGACCUUCAGCCACCGUGAAAGCUGCUACGGGGACAACAAGAAGUGACCAUAGGAGUGCUCAUACAACUAAUUCGAGUGAAGACGCCUUUUGGAAUCCACCUGCACCGCCGAAAUCACUCAGACAUGGUGCAGCUACUUUAUUCUCAGGUAUCAGCCCUCAGGAAAAAGCCACAUCAAGCAUAUUUGAUUUACGACCGAAUAUCCGAACGCGUUCUCCAGAAAGAAAACCAACUCAGUCAUCGUGUGGACUCGUCCUAACCAGAGUAUUACCAACAAAUACUAACACAGGCUCGCCUUUCAAGUCAAGGUUGUUUCCAAUGGCUGGAACAUCGGCAUCAUCGUCGUCACAGAGCAAUGGAGCUUUAACAAACAGCUCUGUCUCAAAAGACAGCGAAAAUCUUUUAGUUACGGCAUCGACUAGUUUCAACCAUCCUUCUUCGACUUUAAACGAGUCACCUAAGACUGAUUCUCCACAAUUCGUGCAACAAAUGGACAACUAUGGGAAUCAAAGCUACUGUGAAGAGUCAGAUGUUGGUAUAGUAGAUGAGGUCCCACCCCAGAAAAAACCGUAUGGCGUUAGUGCUUUGGACUUUGCAAGGAAAUCCAUAAUGCAAAGUGCCGCUGUUUCGCCACAAAAUGCCAUCAGGAAGAUUAACCGAGUGGCAGCAACGAGCGAGGGUGUACCAUCUCUCAUAGAUCUACUGACAGCAACAGAUGCCGAGGAUUUAGAACAAUCUCAAUUACAUACUUGGCAACAAAAAGAUGCGUCGCAACGGAAUUCUGCAAAACCAAACAGAGCUUUCAUGUUGCGAACAGAUCCACUACCACCGCUCCGCAAGGAUACGGCACCGUCAGCAUCAAAAUCUUUUAUACCCAAUAUUCCAGGUGAUCCAGACUCUAUUGAAAAUAACAUGGAGGAUUUAGUAUCGAGACCUAACCUCGAAGAAAAACAGAUCCGAACAAAGAAAGACGCUCCUGAGGCGACAGAGAUCACUAAGCAGGAGAACGGGCUCACAAGAGACACAGUAAUGCUUGACCUAAGAGCGCCGAGCACGACACCCACUGGACCGGGGGUUGAUAACAAUAGUACUUCCCCUCUCCUUUCGUUACGAGCAAGCACAAUGCGCAAACCAGCACCAUAUACCCCUCCAACAAUCAACGAACGAGCGAUGUUACGUUCCAGUCGCAUGUCUGGAUUCCGCGCCAGAGGUCUAGAUCCAAAAGUCUUUAUGAGUGCAGGGGAUUUAGGGGUCCCGAGAAUUCAAAAAAGGCCUCUCACUGUGCCUGUGUCUCCAGUUUUCAGCAAAAUGCACGGUAAAUCUCGGGCUAUGGAGGAAUCCGGGCCAGCUAGGAGCCCUUUUUUUGAACCCAAGACCACAUUCAGAGCUAAAGUUAAUAGCCCCGUUGUUGACCACUUUAAAAGGACAGGACCAAUAAGACCGCAACUGCGUAAUAACAACAUUGCCACGCUCAAAAAGCCAGAGGCAUCAUUAAGCGCAGUAAACACUAGCUCACAAACCCAGUCUACAGGUCAGGAGUACGCUGACUUGAAUAAUGUUCCUACUAGUACUAGUGAUGCUAGAUCAAUUAAUACUGAGAUAGCUACCCAAUUCCGGUCCGAAGCUGCCAGCCAACCAAAUCUGGAUGCGAUAGCCGAUAUUGAUAACGGAUCAAAUUACGAGGGUAGAGUAAGCAGAGUUUAUGAAGGGCCUAGUCCAGUGGAGAGUCUUUCAUCGAAAGCCAUCUUUGAACAACCAGAUGACCAGCUCUUGGAUGGCCAAUCCACAAGAGCAACAGCUGGGAGCCGUCUUCACGGCCCGUCGUUUUCUCGUCGUCCUUUGACGCAGCCAAUUCCGUUUAAAUUUGCUACAGAUGAGAUCCUCAGGCGGCGCCAUAUCAUGUUUCAACCUCGAGCUACACCGGGUCUAGGAACAACGAAUGAGGGUUCUUCAAAAACGGUAGAAGAUAACAGAAUGAAGACUGCAGAGGUUUUAAAGCGACGGCUACCUCCACUGGUGAGUUAUCCCGUUCCUUUCCAAUUUAUGACCCAACGACGUGCGGAAGCACAUAUCCAACAACAGCAACAACAAAGUCAUCAUCAUCAAGAUGAUGGCGGAGCACAUAUUAAUGCUCAUACGACGGUCACCAGAAGGCCUAGUCGACUUGCUGGGCUCUUGCCACUUCGUUCAACAACACGCGUAGAUGGGGCCUCAUCUAAUGCAAAGGCUUCACGAUUUAGGCGUACUGUACCUAUUUCACCAGAACUAGGCCGCCGAGCCCAUGUAAAGGCUCUUAAACCCGCUCGGUUCCUUCUCAAAAAGAGCACCAAAGAGCUGACGCAACCACAUGAAUUCCACUUCUACACUGAUCAAGGUCGGGAGCAGGGUAGUGAUAGUCGACAGAACCUCGAGAGGCCGUCUCAAACGCACUCUAUCAAUCAUUCUCGACCGAUUACAAUUCAUAGGCCGGUCAAACCGCUGACAGAGCCUGUGAGCCCCAUGAUUGGGGAGAAGCGCAAGAGGCUUCGGGGUAGUGGCGAAACAGGUUAUCGCAAACGUUUGAGUAACAGCCCAAGCCGCACUAAUAGCAGCACUAAUAGCAGCACUAAGGAUGCAUCCAGACCGCAAGGAGCUACGACGUCGGCACCGUCUGCUCAAUUGAACCGUCCGAAAGGACCAAUUGUGAUUAACCACACACUCACACUGAAUGACCUUUGACCAACAUCGGGUCUUAGACAUUUCUUUGUAAUUUUAUUACCGGUAUUUUUACUUUAUUUUUUUUAUGUUAUAGAAUAAAUUACCCAGUUUCGUUCUAA